AUGAACAUGUACUUCAACGUACCAGCAGCUCACAAUGAGCCGUCAGGUCGAGCAGCGCGGUCGGGGGAGGAACACAAUGGCGGGACCCGCGCGCUGGCUGGCCACGUGCGCUACCUGACGCUGGGCGGGCUCUGGCCGCGCGCGCGGGGAACCCCCUACCUGGUGUACGCUGCGCUGGUGCAGCUGUGCGGCGCCGCCUACGUGGCAGUCUGCCUGCUCAGCGUGUACUCGGCGCGCGGCGACGUGGCCGGCAUCUCGCACACGCUCAUGCACACGCUCGAGAUCAGCUCCGGGGUCCUGAAGGCGGGGCUCUUCUUCCGCAAGCGGCGAGCCUUCUACCGGCUGGUGCGGGACCUCGAGCUGAUGGAAUCCCGGGACUGGGGCUGCCCCGAGCUGGAGGCCGCUCGGCGCUGGGCGCGCUGGAUGACGGGCCCACUUGCAGCAGUACUCUGCUACUCGGUCAGACCACAGACGGCUGCCUCCACCCUGCAGGUGUCACUGAGCGCCUACAUCUACGCUCUGAUCCUGCUGUGGCUUCCGUCACCGCUGCUGGCGGGCGGCGACGAGUGGCUGCUGCCACUGGUGCAGAUCCACGGCGUGGACUGGUCACGGCGGCCCGGCGCCUACGCCGCGCUCUACGCACUGCAGUGCGCCGUGCCACUCACGCAGGUGCCCGUCGUCAUCGGCCUGGACUGCUUCUUCGUGGCGGCCAUGCUGCACGUGGGGGCACUACUGCAGCUGCUGGGGCAGCGCGUCUCCAGUCUGCGAGUCUCGAGUGACAGUGACUCUGAAGACUCUGCUAGCGACGACGGACGGCACAUUCUCUACGCAGAACUUAGCAGCUGCAUCCAGAGUCAUCAGAAAAUAACAAAGUUCCUGCAGGACCUGGAGGAGGCCAUGAGCGGCAUGGUGCUCGUGCAGCUGUCCUCUACCAUGGUCAACCUGUGCACGGCACUCUACCAGCAGACCAAGAUCAAGGACGUGAGCUCGGCCCUGCAGUACGCCAUGCUGCUGCCCUUCCACACCGCGCAGAUCUACUUCUACUGCUGGACGGCCGACAACAUAACGCAACAGGGCGAGGCUGUAUCACUGGCAGCAUACAGCAGCCACUGGACAGGUGCAGGCAUCCCCUUCCAGAAGGCGCUGUCUAUCGUGAUGGCGCGUGCUCACAAGCCACUACUGGUCACUGCGGGCCACCUCUACCCCAUCAACAGAGCUGCCUUCGUAGCGCUGAUGAAGGCCUCCUACUCGUACUACACACUGCUCAGGCAGCUGGACACCAAAUGA